AUGUGCUGGCCUUCACCUGGUCGCGGUGCCAUUGGACCUUCCACGCUGACAUUGACUACUACCUGCUGCCCCUCGUAUCGCCCCCCACAGUCCAGGGCAUUGUCGCCCAUGUGCGCAGAAACUCCAAGUGUGCUUCUUCGGUGGUCGAGAUGCGCUUCGAGGGCCUGCGCACGCACCAAUCUGACCACCUGCCCCGACACGCCGGUGAUCGAGAUCUACGUGCACCGGAGGACCGAUAAGGACGCCUACGACCUGGGCUUCGGGCUGGUCAUGUCAUCAGCCGCCGACGCCCUCCACCACGUCCACUUUGCCGAGCUUCAGUUGCCGGCCCGCCACAAGUUGGUGAAGGUGGCGCGGGACGUGGCCUUGGGGUUCCACUUCAGCAAGCAGUGCUGGCCGCAGUUCCAUCAGCAGAAGUGCUUCAUGAGGGGCAGCGUUCGUGACUGGGACAUUCCAGACAACGUCAACAAGACCCAUCCAGCGCAGGGGUGGUGGGAGAUCAGCAAGAAGGAAGUGGUGGUGGUGGCGGGCUGGCCGGUGGUCGUGCUCGUGGUGGCCUGGCCGGUGGUGGUGGAGGCCUUUCCGGUGGUCGUGCUGGUGGUGGCCUGCCCGGUGGUUGUGCUCGUCGUGGCUUGGCCAGUGGUCGUGCUCGUGGUGGAGGCCUGGCCAGUGGUCGUGCUGGUGGUGGCCUGGCCGGUGGUCGUGCUCGUGGUGGCCUGGCCAGUGGUCGUGCUGGUUGUGGCUUGGCCGGUGGUCGUGGUGGCCUUUCCGGUGGUCGUACUGGUGCUGGCCUUUCCGGUGGUCGUGCUGGUGGUGGAGGCCUGGCCAGUGGUGGUGGAGGCCUGGCAGGUGGUCGUGCUCGUGGUGGCCUGGCCCGUGGUGGUGCUGGCCUUUCCCGUGGUGGUGCUGGUGGAGGCCUGGCCAGUGGUCGUGCUCGUGGUGGCCUGGCCGGUGCUCGUGGUGGCCUUUCCGGUGGUCGUGCUCGUGGUGGCCUGGCCGGUGGUCGUGCUGGCCUUUCCGGUGGUCGUGCUCGUGGUGGCUUGGCCAGUGGUCGUGGUGGCCUUUCCGGUGGUCGUGGUGGCCUUUCCGGUGGUCGUGCUGGUGGUGGCCUGGCCAGUGGUCGUGCUGGUUGUGGCUUGGCCGGUGGUCGUGCUCGUGGUGGCCUGGCCGGUGGUCGUGGUGGCCUUUCCGGUGGUCGUGCUCGUGGUGGUGGCUUGGCCAGUGGUGGUGCUGGUGGUGGAGGCCUUUCCGGUGGUCGUGCUGGUGGUGGAGGCCUGGCCGGUGGUCGUGCUGGCCUUUCCGGUGGUCGUGCUGGUGGUGGCCUGGCCGGUGGUCGUGGUGGCCUUUCCGGUGGUCGUGCUGGUGGUGGCCUGGCCGGCCUGGCCGGUGGUCGUGGUGGCCUUUCCGGUGGUCGUGCUCGUGGUGGCCUGGCCGGUGGUCGUGGUGGCCUUUCCGGUGGUCGUGCUCGUGGUGGCCUGGCCAGUGGUCGUGCAGGCCUGGCCGCCCGAGGUGGUGGUGGUGGUAGAGCACUGCUCGGGGGUCGUGGUGCAGGGUUUCUCGGUCGUGGUGGUGGUGGUGGUAGAGCACUGCUCGGGGGUCGUGGUGCAGGGUUUCUCGGUCGUGGUGGUCGUGCUGGUAGAGCACUGCUCGGGGGUCGUGGUGCAGGGUUUCUCGGUCGUGGUGGUCGUGCUGGUAGAGCACUGCUCAGGCGUAGUGGUGCAGGGCUUCUCGGUCGUGGUGGUCGUGGUCGUGCUGGUAGAGCACUGCUCGGGGGUCGUGGUGCAGGGUUUCUCGGUCGUGGUCGCGGAGCACUGCUCGUGA